GGCCUUGAACUCAGAAAUCUGCCUGCCUCUGCCUACCAAGUGCUGGGAUUAAAGGCAUGCGCCACCACCGCCCGGCUGAGACCCCAUCUUUUCAAGCACAAAGACUAGGAGCUUCUUCUCUGAGGUAUAGUACAAAUGGUACCCAAGCAGGUACCCACAAUCUAUUGUGACCAGCCGGGUCCCUAAUAUUCUUAACUUACCCCAACGUCUAGGGUGUUGCCCAGGUCUACCUAGCCCUGACCUUGCACCCCUACUUCCUGGACUUCAAAACAAGGAGUUCCCCCAAAGGCAGCAGGGUGUUGAAACAGCAGCAGAUGGGGGCCUUGCAUGAAGCAAUUGUGAGAAUAUGGGUGAGAUGGAAGAAGAAAGAACAGGACAUUGGUGGGCACAGAGAUGGGGCAGAAGAGGGCAACUUGGGCUGUAUCUGAAAGUAUGCUAGGUUCAGUGAAGUGUCCCUGCUGAGCACACUUCGGGACCAGGUGGCACACUUACUUUCCAGAGGAGAGGGGUUUGAGUACCUGAACAUCUACUCUUAAUCUGAAAUCCUAAGACAAGAGGCCUGUGCUGAUCCUAGACCUACCCUGGCUCUAACCAUUCCUCUAGCUCCCCACUCAUUCUGAGUCUGCCAAGGAAGAGAACAGCCAAUCACUGAUGUUCAGUGCCACACCCCCCCAGCCACCACAUCCUGGAGGGUAUAAAUAAACCUGCUUCAAAACUCAUGGCCUGAGAAUUCACACCUGUCUCAGUCAGCCACCUCCUGGAUGAACACGGGCAUCAUACCUCCACACCCACAUACACACAGAAGAGGUGUGCCUGCCAGACCAGUGCCACCAGAAGGCUGUCUGCUGCUAGCCUGUGGAGGAACACCUGCCAGGUGGAGCAGAGGCUGAGUCGGACCUGAAGGAGUGGGAAUAAGCUUUACUAGAGCUGGUCAGCCUAAAGACACAGAGUUUUGCUGUGACCAGUGAAGAGGACCAUGCCCAGGAACUGCUGACCCCAAGCCACCAGUUCAGAAUCAUGUCAUCAGGCCAACGGGUGUGGCGUACAGCUAUGCCACCCUACCGCCAGAACAGCUCUACAGCCUCAAUGCCCAGGUCCCCUGGCUCAGGUGGCAGCCCCAAGUCCCCCAGUACUCCUGGCUCAGUGAAAGUGGCCUCCCCAUUGGAGUGUUCCAUCUGCUUCUCAGGCUAUGACAACAUUUUUAAGACGCCCAAAGAGCUUUCCUGUGCUCAUGUCUUCUGCCUUGAGUGCUUGGCUAGGCUGGCAGCUGCCCAGCCUGCAGGCCGUCCUGGCAGAGAAGCUGUGCCCUGCCCAUUCUGCCGACAGCCCACGACUGUGCCUGCCGCUGGGGCUCCUGCACUGCGCACAAGCCGUCAGCUACAGGCAAAGAUGCCAGCGCAUCUACAGAGAGAGGAGCCUGUGUGGCUUGAGGGCACCAAACUGUGUUGCCGCCCCUUGCCCACCACUCCUGGCCGAGAGGACAGUGGCUUUGUGUGUGUGGACGUAGGCCUGAGCAAACCAGCUGAGCCCACCCUACCUGCACCUGUCCAAGGCCCUGCACCCAACCCAGGCUGGCUGGCCCGCUGUUGGGCACGCUUUGGGGACUGGCGUCGUGUAGCACUGGUUUCUGUGCUGUUGCUGGUGCUGUUUUGUGUGAUACUCUGGCCUGUGCAGUGUGCACUCAAAACUGGAAAUCUGCAUUGCAGUAACCGGCCACCUGCAGCCACUGCCACCACCACUGCCACCACCAAUGCCCUCUUCCUUGGGCUUUUAGCCAACAACUAGAGUCACCACUUCGGCCAGGCCAGCUAUUUCAACAGCUCCAUGGAUGGGUCUCUGACCCACUGAGGUCAAGAACAUAGCAGCUUUUGAAGAUAGUUGGUCCCCCAGAACCCCAUAUAGGAUAGGUAUGUGUUCCUUACUCUCCAGGACUAGAUGCCAAUAAGAACAAAAGAGUCCUCAGAGCCUCUAAGAACCACAGGCUUCUAAAGGCUCCAGAAACUGCCCUGGGACCCUAUCAUACAGAUGGGGAAAGGAACCUAGGGAUGUCUGUUUGGUCAGGUGCCUGGCCUCCCUGAACACACUGAAUUGCCAAAACAGCAGGAGUUUGCCAUCCUUCCUUUCUUAAGACAUUGCUGGGGAUACUGAGCAGCUGAUUCUCUAAGAGUGAAAAUGAAAAGGCAGGACACUUUUUGCCCAUGCCACAGUGCCACAGCAGGAACUUGCCAGCUAUCCCUGGCCAUUAUGAAUGGUACAUUUUAAAAUAAAUUAUUUUGUAUAAAUAU